UGCAUCGGAGACGCGGCCCCCCCUGCCCGAGAGCCAAGCUCCUCUCUUGGCCGAGGCUCCGCCGCGCCCGCCCCCCCAAGUCUCGCGGCGCGCCGCGCCCGCUCACCCGAAGACCAGCGACAGAGCCUUGAACGCCGCGGCCGCGGCCAGCGCAGCGCCAGGCAGCGUGAGCACCCAGAACAAGACGAUCUUGCCAAUGAGGGCGCAGCCCAGAAGUUGGCGACGGGCCCGGCUCGGCCCCACGGGUGGCUGUGGGCGCGGUGCCCCCGGGGCCCAGGGAAUCCGCGGCCGCCGAGCUGCCGCAGCCUGCUGGGGAGCCCGCCUCGACGCCAGACCCGGCACCACUGGGAGCGCGGCCCCACUCUGUGGCCCUGCCCAUCGCAUCGCCUCUGCCGUGCACCUUCGCGGCCGCGGCCACGCCGCACAGGGUGCCGAUGAGAACGUGCGUGGUCGACACCGGCAGCCCCAGGCGGCUCGCCAGAAGCACGGUCGACACGGUGCCCAACUGGCACGAGAAGGCCGACGGGAUGUCCAGCGCGAUGAUGCCGGUGCCGACCGCCCGCAUGACCCGCUUGCCGUGCACGAUGACGCCCAGCGCGAUGCCGCCGCCCACCGCCAGGGUCGGCCAGGCGAUGCGGCCACUUGCGGGCUCGCGGCCAUAGGCAGCGAGCACCGCGACCAACGGGCCGGUAGCAUUGGCCACGUCAUUCGAGCCGUGGGCGACGGACAUGAGGCCUGCCAGGACGAGCAGCGGCGCCACGAGGGCCACCUCCUCGUCUCGCACCCCUGCCGGCAAAGCUGCAGGGCACGAGGAGCUCGCAAGAUGGGCUGCUGCCGCGGGGUACCCAGAGCCCAUCGGAGGCAGGGCGCCGGCUGCCUUGCCGAGAAUGGUGGGGCUGUGCGCGCUGCGGCCAUCGUGCGUGCCCACCGGGCUGCCACCAGGGGUCUCCCGGGGCAGCCCGAGGUCUGCCGCCUCUGCCUCCGCUGCGACUCCGCGGACCAGACCACCCUCUCCGAGGACCAGCGGAGCAGCCCGCGGCCCCGCCGCAGAGCAGCGGCCGGGUCUCGCCCCAGCCUGCACGCGCUCGCGAGGGUGACGCCCACGACCGCGAGCAGCGCCAGCGGCGCCGCCCGGCUCGCACUCAGCGCGCUGGGCCACCGCGAGUGCAGCGCGUCGCCCCCCUCGGCGGCGAGGAGCAGCGUCACCAGGAGGCACGCCACGAUUCCCACAGCUCGGGCGCCCACCCGCGCGAGCCUCACGACCGCGCAGUGCACGGAGGCCCCCAGGAUCGCGCCCAGCAGGGGGGACACGAUCCAGGAGGCGGCGAUGCGCUCCAGCUCGUGCCACUUCACCGCCGCCGAGUCUCCGCAGCUGGCGGCGAGGCCGACGCCUGCGAUAGCGGCGACCACGCUGUGGGUCGACGAGGCCGGCACCCCGCAGACCGAGGCCAGCGACAAGAAGACCGCCGCGCCCGCGAGCGCCGCCACGUUCGCCAGCGCCUCGCGGUCGGCCAGGCCGGCUGCGACGCCGCCGGCGCCGCAGCGCUCCCCGGGGCGCUCGAGCACCUCUGCGUCCAGCACCUUGGCCGCCAAGGUGUUCUGCACGUGGCCGCUCAGGGCCGCGGCGCCCACGAACUCGCACAGAGCGGCGAUCUGCGCGCCCCUCCGGGCGGAGAGGGCGCCCGCCCCGAAGGCGGCGCCGAGCGCAUUGGCAGCGUCGUUGGCGCCAAUGGCCCAGCCGAAGCCGACGGCCAGGGGCACGCUGAGAAUGAUCACCUCCAGCUCCAAGGCCAUCUCGUCAGAAGGGCGUGCGGGCAGCUGCUGGCGGGGACGAGCACGACGUGGCAGUGUCAGAAACACACCGCGACUACCACGCGUCAGUGCACAUAUCUGCGCAUCUCUGCGCCUCGGGACCCGCU